UCAAGCCAUCGCUUGAAACACAAACUUCAUGGUGAACCUCAUUUUUUCGAAAACCAAAUUUGAUUAUUAAGUAGGAGCAGAAGAAAGCAGUUGCUGAUGGCUGUUCUGUUGAGUAGUUGCAGAGCUAAGUGUAGUUAAGGAGGGAAUAAUUUACCCUUAUUUUUUAUCUGAUAUUAAAUGUAUGUUUGAAAAUAUUAAGAAAACAUUGGAAGUCGCAGGAUAAGCUAUAUUAGCUCCCCUUUCUGUGUCUAAAAUCUAGGUUCAGUCCUACCACUAACGUAAACAUGGAGAGCGUAAACAUGACGAGUGUGCACUUGGGGAAAAAUCAUAUAUGACUGAUAAAGAGAAAAACACAAACAUGAAUCUUUAAUAAUUUAUGUUUUUAUCAAAUUCUGUUUGGCCAACAGGCCGCACCCAAAUCUAGCUACAUACAUGCAAUAUGUGAAAAAAGUUUACUUGUGAAUCAACUGCCUGUCAGAUGAUUCAUUCUGUUACUAUAUGAUUUAAAAUCUGAACUGAUAGACUACGUUUUCCAUGUACACUUAAAUGCAGCAACGUGUUACUCGUUGUUUCCGCUUCUAUAUGAAGCCCAGGAGUACCCGAUCAAAGUGGUCUUGCUGCUGCUGCACUCAAUGCUGAUGUGGUUUGGAUUCAGUGCCAAAUAUAGCAAGGUCAAGCCACCGACCAUUUCUGAUAACAAAAAAACUCGGAAGAAGGGAAGCAGCAGCAGCAGUAGGUCAGGGGAAGAGGGAGAGUUCAUGAUUGGAUGGGGAGGGAAGUGUUACAUUAUAGGUAUUGUGAUGGUGGAGACAUGGGGGCAGCUGUUGCAUCCUUACUUUCUUGGUGACAAGCUUCCAUUUGCGCCGCUCUUGUUGAUCUCCAUUUACUGUGGGGUAGAGGUAGUUUACUCCUGGGUGUGGCAGCUAAAGCGGAUAAUGGCUGACUGAUAAAGAGUUUUGAGUUCAGUGAGAUUAAGCAUGGAUGGUGACGACCGUCGCACUUUGCAGAAGAGGUUGCAAGUGGACCGAAGAUUCUGAGAAGGAAGAUUUAAUGUGUUAUCUCGGUUUCUUUAGUUUUCUUCUUCUGGAAUGCGAAUGUGUUCAUUUUGCUCCUUCCAGAGUUUGAGUUGAAGGGAAAAGGAAAGGGAAAGAAGAUGGUUCAAUUAGUUUCUUUUUGUUGGCGUUGUGGGGUUUAAGAAUUUGGCUUGAGUAAACUUUGUGGGUUGUGUUAGGAGAAGCCAGGAAAGUUCCCUGCAGAAGAUCGAGAAGCAGCCAGCCAUUCCAUGAUCUCUCAGUCUGUUUGCUUUCUUAUUCAAUUCUCGCUUUAGUUAGUUUGCUUCCUUAAUCCAGCGAGAAGAGAAGCGCAGCUGUGUAACUGUGAAUGAAUGGCAGUCCCAUUUUGUGCCUGAAAUUGACCUUUUGGAUCUCUUUUGAGAUCGUGCAUUUUUUUGAAUCAUGAAGAGCUAGUAUAGUGAUAAGUCUGCAAUUUCAGACUAAUUCCCUGCAUAUAGUCAGUCUUCGUCAGGCUAUGUUAACGCUGUCGGAUUUUUUUUAUAACGGGGCAAACGAAAAUACUGACUGAGCUGAAAGAAAGCUUGAAAAAGACA